AUGGCGAAUAUCUGCGAGACGGAAGUUAUAGAGGAAGUGGCUCUUGCAGGAAGCAACGUGGAAUACGUCUCUCCAGGGAGCCACACGAACAAGAACGCGAACGGGAACAUUAUCACUCUGACGCUAAAAAAUAACCACCUCAUCGUAGAGACCGAAGAACGAGCGGUGACGAUGGAAGACAACAUGAGCAGAAAAUACCAGGACGAUGGUUGCUCCUUUAUGGUGGAGGUUCAGCCUGGCUACCAGAGCGAUGAAGCUGAUGUCAAUAGGGGAUCAUCUGACGACAUGCCCGGAAAGGUAACCGAUCAGCAAGCACUGGUGCAUCGAGAGGAAAUUCCUGAAGAUCACCCCUGCGGUUUUGAAAACACGAAGCUGUUCGGGAGCACCAACACUGGCCUUUCGCAAUCGGACUUAUCUAUUUGCAGUCAAGGUUCAGUUAAUCCGAGUUAUCGAUACGGAAAUCAAUUGGAGUACGAUGCUGGCCAUUUUGGCUACACUAUUUACGAUUCUGAUUAUCAAUCACGGAAACUCGAGGGUUCUUCAAAAUGGGUUGAAUUCGAUAAAUCACCGGACACUGAAAAAACUUUACUGAAUGAUUUCAAAUCACCAAGAAUAGAAAAGGACACCAGUGAUAAUGUUUCUUUGCAAGGAAAGCAGAAUAGUUUAAAAUCCUCUCAGGAAUCUGGUUCGUCUUUAGAGCAUCAGGAUUCCAGUGACAGAAGUGUUUCCACUGUCACAGUCAGGUCAAAUCCCAAUCUUCAGGUGAAUGGCACAACUCCAAAUAAGUUGGAGCUAAUGGAACAGAAAGCUCUAACAAACGAUUUUGGGAAAAAAGAGAUAAUAACGAAGCCCAUAAUCACAGGUGCAAUUCUCAAAGAAGAUGUUGCUCAGGAAGAUACCUUUCAGGAGCAGCAGAGGAAGCUGGGUAACGGUACACUGACCCCGGAGCACCACAAGGCCGAUAGGGUGAAAGAUCAGAAGCCGGAGAGCAGUACUUUCGUACCCUGCCACAAGCGAACCGGAAGCAUUCCACCGCGACUGAUCGAGGAGACCUUGGAACUAGAGCGAAAGAAGUCACUGGAUAUAUACAGUCAGAUCAAGACCAGCACCAAGAGCAUACUACCGGUGCUAAGUCCCAAGUUUGAACUUCUCCAGAACGAGGUCAGCCCGAUCGAGGAAAAGGAAAGUUAAUCCCAUCUGAAAGAUUGCACCAGGGUCUUUCACCUUUGAAGUUGUAUGAUGCACGCAUUGACAAGCGCGAUGGAGUUGGUAUUAGGAGAUACAAAUGUGUUGGUUCAGAAACUGGGUUGGACUUCUUCCUUAUUAAGUAGCUGUGACCAACGGAC